UAUAAACGGCAAUGACAGCUUGCAAAAUCAGUCCGUUUACUUGCCAGCCGACAGUACGAAUAGGACCAGCGCACAACCGUGAGUGCAACUCGAAACGCCAACGAAGUCACCCGAAGUGUCAAAAAUGAAAGCAAUAAGCCCAGUGAGAUCUUUCAGGAAAAACGGCGCCAACUUGUCAGAACACAGCCUCGGAAUCUCCCGGAGCAAGACCCCCGUGGAUGAUCCGUUAAGUCUGCUCUACAACAUGAACGAUUGCUACUCCAAGCUGAAGGAGCUGGUGCCCAGCAUCCCCCAGAACAAGAGCGUUAGCAAGAUGGAAAUCCUGCAGCAUGUCAUCGAUUACAUCCUGGACCUGCAGAUCGCGCUUGACUCGAAUUCCGCUAUAACUAGCCUCCACCACCAGCGGCCGGGCCAGGCGACAUCCAGGACUCCCUUGACAACCCUCAACACAGACAUCAGCAUCCUUUCAUUACAGUCUGCUGAAUUUCCAAAAGAAAUCACCACAGAUGACAGCAAGACGCUCUAUCGUUAAACUGGUGUUUGGUUAAGACACAAAAAACGCAGGACCUGGGAGCUGACUUUUCCUCUCCUCUUAUUUUUGUUCUCAGUUUGGAUUUCUUCUUUAAUUGAACCAAGAGACUUUAAAAGGACAAUCUAUAUGUUAAGAGUUUGGACAGUUACAGUUAUUUAUCUUCUAGACAUGGUUUGUCCUUUCUUCAGAUGGAAGGAUCGGUAUAUUCCCCACCGUGGGAGCAAAAAAGGAAGAAGAGAAAAAAAAAAUAAAGAAGACUAUUGUCAAGACGUCCCUUUCCCCAUGAGAAAUCUUUGCUUUUUUGCGAAGGUGGAGCGCGCAUAGAAGACUUGGUUAGUUAUUGUAUAAAGUUUAGUCUGUCUUGUCAGAAUUGUUAUUUUUUGGCACAUAAAGGACUGGACGUGGUUUAAAAAAAUGAAACGAGCGAGCGAAACCUUGUAAACUCUACAAUCGGAGUUUUAACUUGUAUAGUUGCAGAGAUUGCAAAUUUCUGCAUAACAUGUAAUGCUGUACUUAAUUAUGCUGAAACUUUUUAUAAAAGUAAUAUUGUAAAUUGUACCUUUUUAUACAAAAAAAUAAAUCAAAUGCUUUAUUUGAACGUC